AAGAGUACUCCCACAAGCACCGCUAUGGAAGAAAACCACCACCAAAAGACUAGCUCUAGAGAGUUCAUCUUCUCAUUUCCUAGCACUCCAGGUACUCUAGAUCAAGAUUCUGAUUUCGAAUUCGGUAGUUUAACGCCGGAUUCUCCCUCUUGUGAUCCGAACAAGAACUCACCAGCUGAUCAUAUUUUUUUCAAUGGCCGCCUGUUGCCUCAUUCUUUUCCUGUACUUCGACAACAACAACCAACAACUAUGCUACUUAUUGAUAACAUAUAUCGUGCAACUAGCAGAGCAAGCAGUGUUAGCUGCAAGGAUUCCCUCCUGUCAUCAAGAAGUAAUAGUACUAAUAGUAGUAGAAGCAGUGUUAGCAGCGCAAGAACAAGCUCAAGUGACAACUCAGAGAGGAGAAGAUUGUAUAAUAAUAUUACUAGUACCAAAACACCCUUGGCUAGUAAAGUUGUUAUGGCACAAUUAUACGGAUCUUCUCAAAGGUGGCAACAUAUCAUGCCUGUGCCAACUGCAGUUCUGAAACGUGAGGAUUCACGAAGGAAAAGUGGUGGGAUUUUGGUUAAAGAAGGGUUGAUCAGCAACAAGAAACAAGUCAAGAAAGGGAAAAGAGAGAGGUCUGGGCUCUGGAGGAGAUUUUUCAGGUCAUUUUUGGUGGCAUGUAGAGAAUGCCAUGCCAUGGAACCAUCCACAAGGGACGAUAUGUUGCAAGAGAACAUCAAGUUAUGAUUAAUACGAACACAGGGCUUCUUUUUUCUUAUGGGGAUACUGAUUUUGCACAUGGUUUGAUUCGCACUUUUGAGUAAAUUUCUUGUUACCUGUAGUGUAUGUGAUCAUACUGCAUAAUCUCGCCCUCUCUCAAAGAGAUUGCAUUCCGGAUCGUAGCCAGGAAAACAUUAUUACUGGUUUGUCCAAUUAUCCAUCUGUUUGUUAAUUUGCAAAUGAUCAUUGCAAUUAAUUGCUCGAGUCUUCGUAAGGGAUUGCGACCAUCUCAACUUCUGUAACAGCUGACAAUUUGUGGGGAAGAGACUGAUAGGAGUGUUAUUUGUAUAAUCAAAAGCAUGAUUCAAUCAUUGUAAGUAUCUUAAAGCAUGUGGUGAGGUGUUUUGUACAUUAUAUUUGAGUGCAUUAAUGAUUAUCAAGUGCUGGUUUCUGUUCA